UCGGGGGCCCGCCCCUUCCAGACCGACCUGGGGAGUUGGGAGAAUGUCCAGGGUUAGAAUUGCCUGAGCCGCUGGCCGCGCCGUUGCUCUCCGGAAACGCUGCAGGAUCUCUCCGUGGGCCGAGAUGGCAGAGCAGUCGGACGAGAAGGUGAAGUACUACACGCUGGAGGAGAUCCAGAAGCACAACCACAGCAAGAGCACCUGGCUCAUCCUGCACUACAAAGUCUACGAUCUGACCAAAUUCCUGGACGAGCAUCCUGGUGGAGAAGAAGUUCUGAGGGAGCAAGCUGGAGGUGAUGCAACUGAAAACUUUGAGGAUAUUGGGCAUUCCACAGAUGCCCGAGAAUUAUCCAAGACAUUUAUCAUUGGGGAACUUCAUCCAGAUGACAGAUACAAAAUAAAGAAACCUACAGAUACUUACAUUACUACCACUGAUAAUAACAGCAGUUGGUGGACCAGUUGGGUGAUCCCAGCAAUCUCUGCACUUGUUGUGGCCUUGAUGUAUCGAUUCUACAUGUCAGAGUACUAAUCACAUUUUUUAAAAAGCCAAUAAAAGAAGAGACUGACUUAAACCAGGAUAUAAAGAAGCCAGUUGUCACUGUCCACUUUGCCUGACAGAAACCAACUUCAUUUGCAAAGAGAACUUUAAAGUGUCCCUUUCCCACCCCUCCACCUCCUGACAUCCAAAAAGUGAAUUAUCCUUCUGUACACUUUUCUAUAGGGUGUGCCUUUUUAUUCAAAUUAUUUUUAAAGUUUAGUUUCUCUUUUUGAUUUUCUAUCACCACUCUAUUCUUUAUAUAACGAAAACAGCUGCUAUAAUUAUUGUAUAAUCUUUACAAUUUUCUGCAUCUAUUUGUGUGUUUGUAUAAAUCAAUCUUUGAUGCUCAGAAGCCUUUAAAAUAAGCCCUUCAGCAGACUAUUUAGACCCAAGCAAUCAAUGAUGAUGCUUGGCUCUAAGGAGGCUUUUGGCUUCUGUCUAUUAUGACAUUAUCUUCAAUAGAAUUACCCAUUGUGGCACUUUUUUCAAAUCAGUUUCCUUUUCAGGAAGUCAAGAAGCCCAAUGGUCAUAAUUUGAAUGCUUCUAAAAACUGUUCUGGUAUAGAUAAUAAUGGUAAGAAGGGGAAAUGUCCAGAAAAAAACUGACAUUGAUCAAGGAACAAAUAACAUCUACCCAUAAAAUGAAACCUGUCCCUCUUUCCCCAAUUCUUAGUCAAGAAUUAACACUCUGGUUCCUGGAGGCAGGGAGUGAGAAGGAAUCUUCUUUCCGGGAUUGCUGUUUGGAAGACAAAAACCUUGUUGGCACUCACUCCUUUUAGGAGGGCUACUGUCUCUCAAAUUUUUAUUUAAAGGGACUGAAAGGCAUCCUUCGUGAUGUUUAGAUACUUUUUUGUUUUAAUGAACUCACUGCCAACUAAUGAAUGACAAAUUAUGUUCAUGCAUGUGGGUCCAUUUCCUUCCCCCCUCCCCCUUCCCCAUAUGGGAACCCUUUUGACUUCUUCCAUUAUGUCUGUAAUUCUCUGGCCUUCACCUUCCUCUGGGAAAGGUUAGUUGUUUGAUGACAUGUUGGGAGAGCGAAUGUUUAAAAUGUAAGCUGUCAUAAUGAACUGUGAUCAUGCAUUUUCCCCUUGAUACAUUAAUCAAGCAGCAUGUACAUGAAAAACCACUAAUACACAUUAAAAAGGCUGAUUUUUUUUCUCAAAAAAAUUCUGUUGAUAUCAAUUGUAUAAUCAUUGUUAUGUUCACCAUCCUGCCUCUCUCAAUUCAAACGUACACACACACACACCCACAGUGCAUAAUCAGGGCCUAAGGUUAAGGAGAAAGGCCUACUGUUUUAUCUGUAACUGAAAAUGACAUUUAGGAUGAAAGUGGGUAGGGAGAGGUGGGAAAUGGCAAACUAUGGUGCCAUUGCCAUUACCUGGCAGAAUACUUUUUUGUUAAACUUCUGAAUAAACAUGAGCCUGGAACAAAAUGA